CCGCUCUGUGCUCGCCAUGAUUCGCUUAUUAGCGCAGAAAUUUGCUCAAAACUGUUUACAAGCCAGCAGCCCACCCUCCUUCACAGGAGGUCCUCUCGGCGUCCGCGGUCGCGGUUGUGUGUGCGCCAACUGGCCUGCGGUUUAAACGUGGAUUGAAAGGUCAAGUUAUGUCUUGAAAGUGCUGUGCGUUUGAGUGCGUCGGUUCCUGCACGUCGCGGUAUGACGACCCUGCGAUGACGGCGAAUUAGCUCGUUUCAAUGGCUGUCAACUCGCCGGCGACUUCGCAACGCCAGGACGAAUCUGCCGACAAUGUGUCUUUCGAGGAUUACGUCGGUGUGCUGUGCUACCAUAGUGAUACGCGAUGUGGCUUGGUGGACUACCCACACAAGGGCCUGUGGUUGCCCCACAAGGAGAUCGUGCCCGGCGAAAGCUGGGAUUCUGCGAUGGAGACCUUGCUGCGAGACUUGUCGAUCAGGUCGUUCACCAAUCAGGGCAUCAUACAAGUGUUGCGGAUACAGCCAGCUCUUCACCGGCCAUUCUUCACGAGAGUCAUCUUCGCAGUACGGGUGAAUGAACAGACAGAACAGCCCUCUGAAGAAGCGCUGCCAAACCAGGUUCGCAUGCAAUGGGUGUCAGCCGAGGAGAUCCAGCGCAUGGUGAAGCUGCGGCCGCUGCCAUUCCUAGGGGUGGAGCCCGCCGAUCUUUGCAAGCUGCUGCUGCAGAACCGGCAGCCACCCGUGCCGUGCGAGUUUCUCGAGAUGAACGCCAGCACGCCGCUGACAGCACAGGGCACGCCUGCACGCCCCAAUGUGCCCGCCCGAGAGUCCCAAAUCGAGCAGAUGCUGGAGUCGGCAAAAUUUGGUCAACAAGAGCAAGAUGCCGUGCGCUUCGACUUCUUCAAGGUUACAAAGCCGAGCACAUACAUGAAUGAGGCAAUAUUCCAGAAGUACGUCACUGGCCUAGGUUGGGAAACGUCGCCACAGCUGUCUGACCUGUUCAGAGCAAUGGACGUGCACAACCGUGGUGCGCUGACCUUCAAGGAGCUGGUGCUUGGGCUGGCGGCCAUGGAACCGGGAACACAGCAUGGCGGCAACCCUGGCGAGCAGCGCUGUCGUCACAUCUUUCGCCUCUAUGACACCAACUGUGAUGGCAUCAUGGAGUAUUCAGAGUUCAGAAAGAUGGUCAAGGACAUCCAAAUCAUGAGAGGGAUCACCAUGGAUGAGGCUGCGCUGGACAAGUUCACCGCUACAAGUGCAGUGAGCUUUAACUUGCCGAAUGGUGGACAGCUGCCGCUGAAUGAGUUCCUUCUGGCUGUUGGACAGCUCAAGUUCAGGGGGACCUCGCUGCUGUUCCGGUCAUCAUCUUCGGUGUUGCCCACGCUCAAGAAGAAGUACACACAGGAAUCGCUCAUCGAGCCCACCACUAAGAGGUCCAAAAUGUUCCAUCCAACCAUCGGCAACGAAAAUAUGGAUCAAAGUGCUGUGUCCGCCGUAGAAGACUCGGCAUCAGCCGAAGCCACCAGCCGGUUCCCUUCUCAGGUCGGUCACUACGAGUUGGCAACUCACUCAGUCAAGGUGCGUCGUACCGGCACCCUUGUGGAUGUUCUCUCACUUUGGCAACUUGAGGGCACGGCUGCCCUCACAAAAAGUUCUCGACUGGGUGAGAAGACGCGGUUUGAAAGGCUGCCUUCAAUGGAUUCAUUCAACCAAAAGUCCCAUGCCAACGAGAUGCUGGCAGGCCUGCGGUACUUUGAGCGGGCCAUCCGCAAGGACAACCCAGAGGGACGCCCUGGAGGGGGUCGCAUGUCCAAGGACGCCUUCAGCUGGGGCGAGGUGGAUCGGCAGGCCCUUGCACGCUGUCUGCUUGCCAUGUGCCGGCAGACGCGCGACAUCAUGUUUACCGAGCCGCGGCUGCUGAAGCUCAGCGUGCCCACCUACAUUCUGGGUGACAUCCACGGCAAUUACCGGGACCUGGUGUGCUUUGAGAAGGCACUCUGGCGAAUGGGGCCUGUGUUGACGCCAGCCAACUUCCUCUUCCUCGGCGAUUACGUUGACCGAGGAGAGCACGGCGUAGAGGUCAUUGCACACCUGUUUGCCCAGAAGAUACUGGCGCCCGACAAAUUUUUUCUCCUCAGAGGCAACCACGAGGUGCGGAGUGUGCAGAAGAUGUUCACCUUCUACAAUGAGUGCGUGAACAAGUUUGGAGACCGUGUCGGCGUGGAGGUCUGGGAGCAGAUAAAUGCCUGCUUCGACGUCAUGCCGAUAGCUGCUGUGGUGGACACAAAGGUGUUCUGUGUGCAUGGGGGCAUUCCUCCUCCAUGGCUUGGUGGCGGCUACCUGGCUGCGAUAAACCAGAUUCCGAAACCACUGAAUGAUCCCGAAAGCCAGUCAUCACUUGCCUGGGAACUCAUGUGGAGCGACCCCAUUUCCACCGAAGCGGACCAGCAGAGGGACUUUGUGCCCAACAUGAAGCGAGGCACAGCGCACAUGUUCAGCGCCGAGGCCCUCGAGGAGUUCCUGGCCCGCAACGAGCUCUCGCACGUCGUCCGGGCGCACGAGGUCCAGCAGGCUGGAUUCCAGGUGCAGCAGAAAGGCAAGUUGUUGACCGUCUUCUCGUCGUCGCACUACUGUGGUGGGUCCAACGAGGCGGCCUGCAUCCUGGCAGACCGGCAGAAAUUGAGGACGAUUCGACUGGACACUACCUGAGCGUCGCCUAUCCACCUCUGCUCUCAUAAUUGCCUCCAUUCCCUUCUCUGACUGCUCGUUGUGUACGGAAGUGCGAUGGACAACUUCAGUGUACAGGGCUCAAGCCGUUAUUUUCAUACAAUAUGCACUGCAUUGCUGGCAUAUGCGCACGAUUAUCGAACUGAGAUAAAGCUUCCUUGCUUGUUUUUUUUUUUUUUUUUAAUAUCUUUCCUUUUCUUACUCAAAGCCUCUCAUUUUCAUCACUUCCUAGGUUUCUUUGUUUCUGAUGCUCCUGGCAGAACAUAUCUAUGUAAAUGCACUAAAGAUGUGUGCACUUCACUACACCUUGUUUUAAUUCUUUCAUUUGCCGAUUAGCGUGUAUAUAGGGCAUUAAGAAUUGAUUUGCUGAACUGCUGUUAGACAUGUCAAGUGUCUGUCACUGGCAUGUCUGGUAGCAUGAUAGUCUGCUGUAGGUGUGUUUUGUUUAGUGAUUCGAAGUUUGUGUAAGUGUACAUGCAAGCAUGCACCAAAUGUUUUGUUUACGACAUGCUUACAGUUGACUUGAAGCACUUCACUGCAUCUUGGGGGUUUUGAAACAGUAGUCGCUAAUUUGCCGACUAGUUGCAUAGGGUGUUAGUAAGUGCUUCAAACACCUUAUUUUAAUUAGCUUGUGGCUUUUGCAAUAUAUAUAGUUACUUAUUUCGUUGAUUAGCGACAUAUAGGGCAUUAGGAAUUAAUUGACCAAACAGCUGUUGGACAUAUGAAAAGUUUUUCACUGUCACAUCAAGCAGUGUGAUAUUCGAGUGUAAGUGUUUUGUUUCCGUGGUUGGAAGGUUAUACUUAUGAGCGUGCAGUGAAUUCUUUUUCUGUUGCAUGCAUAAGUUGGUUUGAAUCUGAAAAGGUCACCACAACAUGGCCUUGUGUACCGAACACUGAUUCAUCUAGACGUAAUGAGCACCACUUCACGAUUGGAGAUGGAUCUUUAUUGAUCUGAUGGUUGAUGUCAUUCUGCAUAGUGCAUUCAGUGAAAAGAGCUGAAUCUUUGCCCUUCUCAGAUGCUUAUGGGAAGUCUGUAAGCCAGUGCUAAGUAGCGAGAUGGUAAGGCACUUAUAAUUGAUUAAAGGUUUUCACAAGCGUGCACACCUUUUGACAUAUUCAGUUAUGCUUUUUGUUUUAUUGUCAUAGAACCACUUGCCAUUUUAGCACUUCUUUGUGAACAUCAAUUUGUUACUUUUAUGGAAUAAUGUCUCUUCAAAACCCUACGAUUAAAAACGUACAGAUUAUGAGGAAGGAACUUUAUAGUACUUGAGUUGGAAUUUAAUUUUUGUGCAGUUUAUGUUGAGAGUAUGUUUUUAGGAUCAACGAUGGUGUCGUUCAUGCUACACUUGCAACCAUGCUUUAUUCCUUACUGCCUGACAAGAUGGCUUCCACCUCAAUGUGCCACUGUCCUCACACCUAGCGCCAUCAUGUGUUUGGUGUGGAAACUGCAGCACUCGUAAUGCUGCCGUCUAUAGACUAUUUACAUAACUGCUGCUCAUUGGCGCUGCUUCACUCUCAUCACAAUGCACAAGGUGAACACGAAACACUAAUAAAUUGUAUAUCCCACCAUGCUAACUUCUUUUACACAGCCUUGGCAAGGUAAUAACUAUUCAUCCAAAAAAAUUCGAAAAGCUCAGUGUGUCUGGAAUCUACUGGCACUGAAAGGGGUAAAGUUAAACCUUCAUCCAUGCCAUUAGUUUUCAAAUAAUGGCAAGGUCAUUUUCUGAUACUAUUUAAGCCUAAAUUCAUUCCACCAUUGAUCUCUCCAUUUUCACCAUGAGAAAAGUUACCCUUUGUGGUGUGGUAAAAUAUAUGCUAGCUGCAGUUUGCAUGAAACUAUAUAUUGCAUUUCAUGGCAUGUAACAAUGAUGGCUGAGUACAUUUUUUACACUUAUGAUAGCACAGAGAUUUGUAAGUUUAAUGUUGUUAUAAAAGUUACUCUCGUAAAAAGCAGCACCUGUGAUACUGGUUCUUGUUACUGUGUGUAUUGCUUACAAUGUGAUUGUUUACACGUUGUGUCACACAGAAUAUAAUGCCGAUGGCCCCAGGCCAGCGAGCCUUUUCUGAUGUGUGGAAUUGAAUCGUAAAAUAGGCUUAGCUUGGUGCCAGCUCAGAUUGGACUGUUAGAGUAUAUGUGAAGCACAGAUCUAGCUCAUGUUAUGCCAUCUCUGAACUGUUUUGAAUGACAUUUGUUGCAUUUAGAAGAAAAUCUUACUCUAAUUGCUGUUGAGAGCGGAUUUUUAAUUUAGACCUGAGAUUUAUUUAACUUAGGGGGAAAAAAAAGUACAGUACCAGUCUACAACUUUAAUUCACUGCUACAAAAACGUACUAUUUCAAUCCCGUGAACUGCAUCUUGUUAAGAGCAAAUCGAAUAUGUUUCCAGUUUGCAUACAGAUCUGAAAUGUGCUUGUGCUAUGCUUGUGCUGAAAUGUGCUAUACAGAUCUGAAAAAAGAAAAGAAAGAAGAGUGUUCAUUAGUUUUCCCAUGCUUUACAGAAUACAUGUUUUAAUAAGUAAGUGAAUCAUUCACAUUUCGUCGCUACAUACUGCAGUACUCUCAUUACUGCGCAUUUCCAGAACUCAACAGUUACAUGCCAAAGUAGCCUACACGGUACAUUAGGUGCCGGCUCACAUACUUGUUGCGGAAACUGCCAUCGAGCUAUCUUUAUAUGAAUGGAUAGCUUUGCGCAUUGUCCUCGCUUGCGACCACUACUUAAGAAUCAUCAUUGGUGCUUUUGUUGCAGCUUCGCGUCGACUGAUCAAGCCAAGCGAAAUGUGAUCCGUUUAGUAGUUGAACUUGUGCAUAAAAGCAGUUCAUAAAAGUACAUAGCUGUUACUGUGCAUGUCGUGCGCAUUGCACAUGAUUUGCCAAAUUUACACAGCGAAGCUGUUAAGGGAACUUUCACAACCGUUUUCGUGUGGCGAUGGCGUGCGAAGGCUUGCUCGGUAUCAAAUGUCAAAUCAAAGAACAACCAUUAACACAACCUGCAUUAGAGUAUCGAAUUUUUGCUUUGAAACAUUAUCAGUGAUUAUGAAAUAAAAGUUACCUCAUUUAUACCUCACUCGAAUAGGCAAAAAAUUUUUUUCACAUGGUUUUUUAGGCAGUAAUUGGUGAUUUUUGUUUCUCAUGUUGCAUUUCACUGGCUCCACAUUGGAGGUCAGCUAGGAGUUAGUAUAAUGCGGCCGUGAUGGCGUUGUCCAGCAGUGCAGCCUGCAAGGAAACCCUGAAGCGGCCAUACGACCAGGGUGUCUACGAUGAAUCAUCGCCAAGAACAGCCAGCAAACAGACCCCUAGUUCUACCGACAGUGUGUGAGAACUCGCUUAUACAGCUUUGCUGUCUUUGAUGUAUCAGUUGCUCAGAUUGGCAUGGAUCUGCAAAGAAUCCUUUUUUAGAUGUACCAAUAUGGAAAGGAACACUUAAAAAGGCCAACUGCAACGAAGUUUUGGACUGCGUAAAAAAAGCCUUGUCUGAGAUAAUGUAUUUAUAGAGGACCCUCUGUGCAAAAUUUGAAGUUUGAAAUAUGAGUUUGAGAUUGCAACGGCUAACCCUUGCAAUCUCGGAAACCAUGCUGCUGUGUAGCGUAGAUACUGCAGCUUGGUGCCAGCUCAGAUUGGACUGUUGGAGUAUAUGUGAAGCACAGAUAUAGCUCAUGUUACGCCAUCUCUGAACUCGUCGCUGCCGUGGGUUGCAGCGACGAGCCCUCUUGCUGUUGAGACGUUCAGAACUACCGUGUGCUCCGAUUGGUCUCUCUGGUUCUCCAGGCGUGCCGACGCAACCCACCCCGAGUGCCCGUGGCACACUAAAGAAUUUUGGACGCAGCAUGCUGGGACUUGCAUCAUAGCGACACCAUCACGUGCACACACUGUCUGCCUAGGUGCAGUUUAAAGGUUGGUAACAAAAAGCUAUACAAUUAAAAGCGCUGCGGCGUUGCAAACAUUGGAUUAGUGGUACAUAUUACUUUAUAACAAGUUUAGCUGAAGUGAAAUUUUUUUUGCAGUUGGGGGCCUUUAAUCUGUGUUCAAAAUAGCAUUUCCUGUAAAGGUGUGAAUCUGAACGUCCUUUCACUACUAUUUUGUAAACAAUUUCUGUGUUAAAGAAUGCCACCCACCAAAUGGAACAUUUCUUUAUCUGAGCACAGGCACAAGAAAAAUAUCUGGCUGUAAAUGAAAAUCUGGUGUUCCUUUUUAUAUUGGUGCUUCUUGUGCAUAACAUGACAAAAUGGAGGAGAACAUAUCUGUGUAGUACUGUCAAGCAGAGAUACUGCUGCCUUUGAAUUCAUAUGCCCAAUUUUAGUGUUCAGCAAACUUAUUAAAUCAACAGCGUUUACUGCCGAGUCAUACUCGGCAUGCCUGUCCCGGUGUACAGUUUGAACUGAAUUUUCUAAUAUGUUGCCUUGAUAAGAGAAAAUAAAGAAUUUGAAAUGUGGC